ACUGGCCUCUGUUAGUGCCUGUGGCCUCGGGCCCUCGGACCCCCCUCCCCCCCGGCGUGCCACCUCCCAGCUCCGAGUCGCAAGCUCAGCCCCAAGGGCCCUCCCUUUACUGUGUUGGCCCCAGAGCCGACUCCGGGGGUUGAGAGAGCGUUGGUGGCGGCGGCCGAGUCAGUAUUUAUUUGAGAGAAAGAGUGAGCACAGUGGGAGUAGAGGGAGAGGGAGAAGCAGACUCCCCGCUGAUCAAGGAGCUGGACGUGAGGCUUGAUUGCAGAACCCCGAAAUCAUGACCUGAGCUGAAGCAGCCACUUAACCGAAUUACUAUAAACAAAAAUUCCACCAGAGGAAAUGCUGAAAUAGGAGUUACGGAUACGUUGGAUUUGCUGGAUGAAAAACAAGCAGUAAAUUUUUGUACCACGGGGAGAAAGCCCAAAUUGCCAGAUUACAUGUGUAAAUCACUGCGUUACUGCUUUAGUCAUUGUCUGUAUUUAGCAAUGACAAGACUGGAAGAAGUCAACAGAGAAGUGAACAUGCAUUCUUCAGUGCGUUAUCUUGGCUAUUUAGCCAGAAUCAAUUUAUUGGUUGCUAUAUGCUUAGGUCUUUAUGUAAGAUGGGAAAAAACAGCAAAUUCCUUAAUUUUGGUAAUUUUUAUUCUUGGUCUUUUCGUUCUUGGAAUUGCCAGCAUACUCUAUUAUUAUUUUUCAAUGGAAGCAGCAAGUUUAAGUCUCUCCAAUCUUUGGUUUGGAUUCUUGCUUGGCCUCCUAUGUUUUCUUGACAAUUCAUCCUUUAAAAAUGAUGUGAAAGAAGAGUCAACCAAAUAUUUGCUUCUAACUUCCAUAGUACUAAGGAUCUUAUGCGCUUUGGUGGAGAGAAUUUCUGGGUAUGUCCAUCAUCGACCCACUUUACUAACCACAGUUGAAUUUCUGGAACUUGUUGGAUUUGCUAUUGCCAGCACAACCAUGUUGGUGGAGAAGUCUCUGAGUGUCAUUUUACUUGUUGUAGCUUUGGCCAUGCUGAUUAUUGACCUGAGAAUGAAGUCUUUCUUAGCUAUUCCAAACUUAGUUAUUUUUGCAGUCUUGCUGUUUUUCUCCUCAUUGGAAACUCCCAAAAAUCCAGUUGCUUUUGCAUGUUUUUUCAUCUGCCUGAUAACUGACCCUUUCCUUGACAUUUAUUUUAGUGGACUUUCAGUGACUGAAAGGUGGAAACCCUUUUUGUACCGUGGAAGAAUAUGCAGAAGACUUUCAGUCGUUUUCACAGGAAUGAUUGAGCUUACCUUUUUUAUUCUUUCAGCAUUUAAACUUAGAGAUACUCACCUCUGGUAUUUUGUAAUACCAGGCUUUUCCAUUUUUGGAAUUUUCUGGAUGAUUUGCCAUAUUAUUUUUCUCUUAACUCUUUGGGGAUUCCAUACCAAAUUAAAUGACUGCCAUAAAGUAUAUUUCACCCACAGGGUAGAUAACAAUAGCCUUGAUAGAAUCAUGGCAUCCAAAGGGAUGCGUCACUUUUGCUUAAUUUCAGAGCAGUUAGUUUUUUUUAGUCUUCUUGCAACAGCGAUUUUAGGAGCAGUUUCCUGGCAGCCAACAAAUGGAAUCUUCUUGAGCAUGUUUCUGAUAGUUUUACCAUUGGAAUCCAUGGCUCAUGGACUCUUCCAUGAAUUGGGUAACUGUUUAGGAGGAACAUCUGUUGGAUAUGCUAUUGUGAUUCCCACCAACUUCUGCAGUCCUGAUGGUCAGCCAACACUUCUUCCCCCAGAACAUGUACAGGAGUUAAAUUUGAGGUCUACUGGCAUGCUCAAUGCUAUCCAAAGAUUUUUUGCGUAUCAUAUGAUUGAGACCUAUGGAUGUGACUAUUCCACAAGUGGACUGUCUUUUGAUACUCUACAUUCCAAACUGAAAUCUUUCCUUGAACUUCGGACUGUGGAUGGACCUAGACAUGAUACGUAUGUUUUGUAUUACAGUGGGCACACCCAUGGCACGGGAGAGUGGGCUCUUGCAGGUGGAGACAUACUGCGCCUUGACACACUUUUAGAAUGGUGGAGAGAAAAGAAUGCCUCCUUCUGUUCUCGCCUUAUUAUCGUAUUAGACAGUGAGAAUUCAACUCCGUGGGUGAAAGAAGUGAGAAAAAUCAAUGAUCAGUACAUUGCGGUGCAAGGAGCAGAGAUGACAAAGACCAUAGAUAUUGAAGAAGCUGACCCACCACAGCUGGGUGACUUUACAAAGGACUGGGUAGAAUAUAACUGCAACCCCAGUAAUAACAUCUGCUGGACUGAAAAGGGACGCACUGUGAAAGCAGUCUACGGUGUGUCAAAGCGGUGGAGUGACUACACUCUGCAUCUGCCAACAGGCAGCGAUGUGGCCAAGCACUGGAUGUUACACUUUCCUCGUAUUACAUAUCCACUGGUGCAUUUGGCAAAUUGGUUGUGCGGUCUGAACCUUUUUUGGAUCUGCAAAAGUUGUUUUAGGUGUUUGAAAAGAUUAAAAAUGAGUUGGUUUCUUCCUACUGUGCUGGACACAGGACAAGGCUUCAAACUUGUCAAAUCUUAAUUUGGAACCCAAAGUGGAAUAUUAUUGAGAGUUCAUACUACCAGUUACCACUAACUUGCCAUUUUUUGUAUAUGGUUUUUUUAUUUGUGAAAAAUACCUUGCUACUUCUGUAGCUGCUCUCACUUUGUCUUUUCUCAAGUAAUUAUGGUGUAUGUAAGAUGUUGGGAAUAAGCAUUUUAUCCUACAAGUAUGUAAGGAGUCGUAAAUGCUGAUGCUGUGUAAAUGCAUCACAGAGGUUAAAAAUAACUGCACUUUGAGGAAUGUUUGCAUAUGCCUCUGAUUAGAAAGAAAACACUUGUCUGUGCUCUGCAGUGGCCAAUGAGGAAUUAAUAAUGCCUUAUUUUCUAGGCAUAGAUUAGAGAUUGUAGACCAGACCGUUUACUAUUAUAAGAAAAUUUCCAAUUUGCUUACAAAAAGAUUUUUUUUUUUGUCAACAGUAGGUUUGAGUCCAAGACCAUUUGAAGAAUUACAAACUCUUUCUUAAAAAAGGAUAAAGGGAGAAGCCUGAAAUGAGUGCAAAAAUUUGCUUAUAGUCUACCAUUCAGAUGUCUUGGUUGUGGCCUAUUACCAGUGUAGUAGUAAAGCCCAAAAGACUGUUGAGAUCAAAACAUUCUUCCUGUAGGUAACUGUAAGAGGCUAGAAGCCUACAGAUCGCUCCUUCCUGCAUUGUUGGGGUGGAGGGAGGGGCUCUGAAAGCACUGGCAAUUUUAAGAGUCUUUCUCAGGGUAACUGUUUUAAUGAACAAUGUUUCCAGCUACAAAUUCCUUCCAAAUAAAUUGUCUUCCCUUUCGAAAAGUAAACUUUUUAAAAAUUUAGCAAUUUCUCAUUGAUUGAGGCUAUUUUCGCUAUUCAGAAAUGAUUUUGAUCUCUAUGGAAUUAAUGCUCUGCCAUGAAAAUUAUCUUUCAGAUCUCUCAUUAGUGAUGACAUUUUUUUCUACAGAAGGUCAAAGGAUUGAAAACAGGUCAUUUUUUUUCUUGUAUACAUGUAAUGUAUUAUGUAAAAAAAGUAUUCAUAUUGGCAAUUUUAGUUUGCCAGUUUUUAGUUUUAGUUUGCAUAAUGGUGUGGUUGUAAUUUUUAAAACUUAAUUCAGUGUUUUGUCUGAUUAAAGCAGGCACUGAUCAGGGUAUCCCCUAAGAGGUAAUUUACCCCCUGUUCCCUUCCAGUAAUCCUUACAUUCUAAAUUUUCAUAUCUGAGAAAUAACAAGAGAGGAGUAGAAGUAAAUUAGGGGAUAAUCUAAUCUUUGUUGUUUAAAGUGUGACUUCUCACCACUGAAGCCAUUUUUCCAGCCUCAGAGAGAGGAACUAAUGCCUCUACCAUUUUCUACCUGGUGACUUGAACAUUGAAGUUUUUGUUAGGUAGAAGUCACUUAGUGUCAGGGAACUUGUAUACCACUAUCUAUGCAGCCUUGUUACAGUCUGAUGAUUUCUGUGUUUUGAACAUGAUUUUCCUAAUACUUUGAAUAAAAUUUUAAAAAUUU